AGCGCUCGUCACCGCAAUGGUUUUUGUUCGCGUGAGUUGUAUGCUGGCUCUUUUGCUGAUCGCCGGUCAAGGUCAGGCAGCGCCCGUCAAGGCCGAAGGUCGGACUCUGGGCCUUCUGGGCGGCGGAUUCGGCGGCAGUGUGGGUCUGAGUGCCGGAAUCGGAGUGGGCGGUGGCCUCUAUAGCGGAUUCGGAGGAGGCGGUGGCUAUCCCGGUGGCUAUGCCAGUGGCUAUCCGGGAGGAUAUGGCGGAUACGGAGGAUACUCCGGUUAUCCGGGUUACGGAGGUGGCUACUAUCCGGGAGGAGGUUACUCCGGCUUUGGACACAGGCCGCACCACCAUGGAGGGUUCUAUCCCGUCGGUGGUAACUACUACAACCAGGGUGGAUCCUAUGGAGGCCACUACAGCCAGUCGCAGUACUCGAAUGGAUACUACAAUGGCGGUGGAUACGGAGGUGGUGGCUACGGAGGCGGUGGCUUCUUCGGCUGAUGAAGCUCUUAAAUCUCGUCAGCUGGCUAGUGAAGUACUUGUGAUUCGCACUUUGUAGAUUGUAAGAUACACGAAAUAAAU